AUGGCUUUGAUGAAGGUUGUGGUGUUCUUGGCUUUCUGUCACCUAGUGUUGUGCCGGAAUGUCUACAAAGCAGCUGUAGUAGAUAUUACGAAGGGAGAUGUCUCGUCUAAAAAUUAUGUGUCUCUAAUAGAAGAAGCUGCUAAAUACGAUGCAGAUAUUUUCAUUUUACCGACGCAAGAUCUGUCCAAGUCAAGUUCGGAGUUUUGCGAGAAUUGUAUUGAUAAUUACGAUGAGAUUACAAGAACAAUAUCAAACGCUGUAAAAAAAGCUAAAAUAUACGUAGUAGCACAUGUGUACGAGAAGGUCAGGUGUGAUAAAGCAGAAGACUUGGUUAGAAGCAAUUUGGUGUUUGAUAGAAACGGCGAAAUUAUUUCCGUAUACAGAAAACCCUUUACAAAAGCUACUUGCAAUGUAACUUAUUCCAACACCGCAACCUUUACCUCUGACUUUGGAGUUACAUUUGGAAUAUUGAUGAAAGAAGACAUAUUCCUCAAAAAUGUGCAUGACAUUGCUUCACAAAAUUAUAUUAUUCUGGGUACUUGGCCGCACCUUGAUAAAGGUCUAUCCCCUUCACAUUUUGUGUCCUAUUGGGCGUUUAGUACCAAAUCCAAUGUGAUUUCUACUUCCAACAUUUAUGGCGCUGAAACAAAAAACCGUGAAAAUAUAAUUGUAGGCGAAUUGAGUAAAACGGGUAACGAACAAUCACAAUUACUUAGUACCUCAACGUCCACCAUCUUAGGAGAUUUGAACCAGUACAGCAGUAAGGUUUUAGAUUUGAAACGAAGUGCGCAAGGAUAUCAAGACACAGUGUGCCAGAAAGGUUUCUGCUGUCACUUUCAUGUAAAGACACAAGACGCAGUUCCAAGAAGACCUGGCACCACAUAUACACUAAAAGCUCACGCUGGCGUGAUGAGCUUCGGGGAUCGUGCCAUUGGCACUGAAAUUUGUUCAAUUUCUACGUCCUUUUCUGAAAACAACACAAACAUCGUUUUCGAGAAACUGUCAAUUUCCGGAAACUUCAGUAACGAGAACGCCGCACAAUUUCCAGUACUCCGCACAACCUCACAAACGGCUAUUGAGGGCUUAAAUUUCUAUCAGAGAAGUGUAUUGAAACAAAAUGAAAUAAAAUUGCAAGUCAAUAAUCGCGAUGAUUUGUUAGAAUUCAGUAUAUUCGGUAGAGAUUACUCAAAAGACACCGUGUCUACCAUUUUCCAGAAUUCUACCGAUGUUUCAGUAGUUGUUAUCUAUCUUCUCCCUUUUAAAGCAAUAGGUCCAUUACAGAGAACGAAUGCAUUCUAA